CUUGUUUUAUUUUUUUUCUUCUCCAGGGGGGGGAAGUCGGAGCUGUAGUUGUUGGCCGUGUCCUGGGACCAGAACUAUCGACCGCCCCUCAAAGAAAGCCCCGAUAAGAUAUCGCACAACGUGAUUCGUCGCCAGCUCCCCUUCGCCGCGUUGUUUUUAAUGGGAAAGCUCAGGUCGACAUAGUGGACGCCGCGAUGUCUUGGAACUGGAACAGCCACAGGCUACCGUUUCUGCCGGGAUACACCUUUCGGGAUGUGACGAAGUCGGACUACCAUCGGUCCCAGACACUGGGCUAUAGAAAUGGCUACGCUCUGUCCCGUCGUCCAAAUGUUGGCAUCGGACAAGAUCCACUUCUGUCAGAGCAGUUGAGAAACCAGGAGUUCAGCAAGUUGACCUUAGAAACAGCGGACAUUACUUAUGGCCCCUUUGAGAAGAGCCUGCCUGAUGAAUUCGUCCCGGCUCACGUGGCCCUUGACAAGAAGGUGCUGCGCUUCAACGCGUACUUUGAGGAGGAGGUCCGGUUUUCCUCGGAGGACGUGUGCCGCGUGCGCCCCGUGAUCAUCUACUACUACCUGGAGGACGACAGCAUGUGCAUCUUCGAGCCCCUGGUGAAGAACUCCGGGAUACCGCAGGGAAAACGGCUCAAACGGCAACGACUGCCCAAGAAUGAACGCGGCGAGCGCUACCGGUGGAAAGACCUGAACAUCGGCAUGGACCUGGAGGUGUACGGGGUCAAGUACCACAUCACACAGUGUGAUGCGUUUACAAAGGAAUUCAUGGAAAGCGAGGGCAUGGUUCUGAACGACCCUCAGCCGAUGCCAGUCGAUCCUUAUUGCAAAACUCGUAAAAAAGUCCCAAAGCCUUGCCACAAAACGCCCUCUGACGUCGACCGCACCUACCAGUUCCUCAAUAUGGACCGCAUGGUGCUGCGUUUCUUCGCAAUGUGGGACAACAGUGACUCUCUGUACACAGACACCAUGCCGGUCUCCAUCCAGUAUUACCUUGUGGACGACACGGUGGAGAUCAGAGAGGUUCAUCAGCCCAACAGCGGUCGAUAUCCCUUCCCUGUCCUGAUGCACAGACAGAGGCUGCCCAAGAAGCUCAAACCACAGCCCUUCCCCAGCUGUGUGCUGGAGGUGUCAAAAGACGAGGUGGACGAGUACUUCUCACCCAAAGACUUUAAGCUGGGUCAGACGAUACGGCUGCUGGGCCGUCAACUCUUUCUGCAGGACUGCGACGGCUUCACUAAAGAGUAUUUUGACAAGAACCACCCCGACGUAGAGAUGGAACCAGUCAUAGAACCGAAGAAGGUCGACCUGCUUCAGGACACAGAGAAGGAGAUUCCUCCCUACAACGGCUUUGGUUCACUCGAAGAUUCUCUCCAAAACUGUUUGUCUCUAAUUCCCGAGCCUCCCAGACACAAUGUGCUGAAGAUGCUGGAGAACCACCACAAAGUGUUGCGCUACAUCGCCAGAAUGGACUCCCAAAAUCCCGAUGACGAAGGGCGACGCUUCAUUCUGUCCUACUUCCUGUCCGACGACAUGAUCAGUAUAUUUGAAAAGCCCACUCGCAACUCCGGCAUCAUGGCCGGCAAGUUCCUGGAAAAGACGCGCGUCCCCAAGCCGGGCUGUACCGUGGACCAUCCUGAGUUCUACUCACCGGCAGACUUGGCUAUUGGAGCCACUGUGGACGUUUUCAGCCACCGCUUUGUGUUGACCGAUGCUGACCAGUACGUUCUCACCUACCUGGAGUCCAUAUCGAGCCAGAUCCCUUGUCAGACGCUGGAGUCUAUGCGUCAGAAGCUGGGGACAAGAAAUAACCAGCCAGGUGACCAAAAUGGUGAUGAAGUAGCAGAGCCGUCCUCCUGAUGCCAGCGAUAGGGUGAAGACAAGCCGUUGAAGAACACUUAAAGGGGCACAUUCAAGCCUAAGUCUGCAGCGACUGAGUCCCCCGUAACUUCUCGGGACAUGAGUCGACCAGGAGCCCGGUGGCCAGCUGGCCUCCGGUUCCCCCCGUUGUUUGCUGUUGAGACAGACCUUAGCCUGGGCUAAGGCCGCUGUCCAGUCUGUGUGUUAAUCUUAGGUGGAUUUGAGUUUUUUGGUCCGAGGAGAGGCUCCGUUCUCCGCUUUAAGAACGCCAUUUUCAUGGUGACCAACUGGCAGGGAGAGAGGGAGGUGAGAAGUCAGGAUGUCUACUAAGGCAGAACAUUUACUGUGAUCUAGACAAAUGAAAAAAACAAACAGGGGAAAGCAUGACAAGUCACAUUCCUGAUAUUUAUGUUGUGAAACUGUUAUUGCUUUUCAUUGGGUGACUACGUCGGUAUAUUUUUACGAAACAUGUUUUGGUGCUUAUUACUUACGCGAGUCUCUCUUGAGUGUCCGUAGGGGUUGUUUUGGGGCAGCCUUCUUGCGGAGAGCCUGCUCGUGUCUGAACUCCCUCCAGCGCCUCAGCUGGAAGCGGAUGAACUUCCAGAGGAGCCAAGAUUGGGUCAAACAUACCAGCAGUAGAACGAUCAUCCUGACGGGGGCCGAGGCAAGAAGAUUAGUGCUGUUGUGCGUUUGAACUGGCCAAAUUAAAUUAAUUACUUUCUGGCCUUGACGUGUGUUAUUGAACGAGACGCAGAAUAUUUCUGUCAGGGUUUUAGAGUAACUGAUGAUUUUGCUGAUAGAUUUGCUCUGGAUGCCUCUUUUGCCUCCACAUGUUUUACUGUAUUGUCAUAAAAGAAUAAAACAUUAAAACAA